CAACACCAAUACGCCAGGGUACAGUAUCUGUAUCUUCUUUCGUUAUGAAAAGACUUAAUUGUUAAAGUAAAACCAGAACCAUUUUCCUGAUAUUUAUUUUAAAAAGUAGUGACUACCUUCCGCUGAAAAUCUCAAAUAAAGGCUGUCCAAUACUUUUAAACUUCUAUUGAAUUGAAUGGAACAAGUUACCGGUUUCCUCACAAGGCAGUAUGUUAGAAAAUAUUGAUAAAAUUUAGUCACCCAGGCAACGCUGAUAACAGUAGAAUGUUAAAUCAUGUAAACUAUUAUCUGGGCAUGUACAGUACAUGUGUUUAUGGCUUAUUUGAAAUGGCGCAUAAAUGAUUAGGUUCGGGUCUAUCCAACACGUGUUAUAUUAAAUACAAUAAUGAUCGGUAUUUGCUAACAGAAAAACAGCUAAAUAUUGAAAUAGCAGCCAGGGACGCAAUGUACUCAGUGAUUCACCCGCAUGCCUUUCCAGGCGUCAGUCAAUUGUUGCUGAAAGUUUCCCACGUGUCGUCUUGAAGGUAGAAAGUGUGACGGGUCAAUGAUCCAAUGCAACACACAAUACAUAGCUUUACUUAGAAACAGCUGUCCCUUCUUGUCCUUCUGCCACUUACCAAGCUUGCUUGACUCACUUUCCUCGUAAGAAUGUAAGCUGGUAAACAUCUGGAAGACGAGUCAUUGUAUCGACACAUCUGUUACUAUGGCAAAUAUACUAUACCUGACCCCAGAAAGAACUUCCCGCAUUGUGAUCAUUCUGUAGAGUAUUGCAUAUCCGUACUUAUACCAUUAUUUUAUAUAAUUCUUUAUUCUUUAUGAUUGUUGAAUGUUAUUUUUGAAAAUUCCGUACACGUAACGGCGAAUAAAGCUGAUCCUUGCUCCCGUGUAUUGAAGUAGUUUGAUCAUGAAACAAGUAAGCGGGAAAACGCAUCUGAAGCCGAAUGUAACGAAAAAUAGAACUGCAUCAAACAAGCAAUAGAAUUAAAAUUUUAAGUAUGAUUACUUGGCUAUUCUUAUAAUAUGUUGGUGAUUGAUGUACCUUCACAUUAUACAUCGAACACACUUAUUGUCAAUCACAGGAAAUCAAACAUUUUCACACGUGUUUGCUAAUAACGUUAAGGCAGAUUUUACGAUUGUUGUAAAAUCGUUUAUUUAAGGUAGCUGUCAAGGUGCCAUUUCGCAGCGUAAUAUCACAGAGUGUCGGAAAACAUAAAAUCAGCUUUUCAGAGUCUCAUAACUCGAGGCGUGACUAAUUGCCCCUGGGUUUGCUCUGUUAUACGGACUGUCCAGAUGGUCCGCGAAGAUUCCCACGCAAAGUAAUGUCAAAGCCCAUCAUUAGUUUGGCAUUUACAAGGCAGCGAUUGGGCUAUUGUCCUUCUGAAAGCCCUCGUUGGCCAGAGAGUGUGGGAAACCUCAUGAAACAAGGACUCCCGCUUUUUUUCAUGUAAAUGCAGCGGUAUAAAUAGAGGAAGGAGCUGCUGCAACUUUCAGUCUCGCACCAAGCACAAGCCUUGAUAGUCUUUCUCGGUUGUCAAGCAUGACUCCCGCCAAUGCUGCUGCUGUUAUUACCGGGGAAUACUCGGAAGAAAAGUUCAUAGCUAAACAGAAAAGCAAAAUUAUGAAGAUAACAAUAGAGAAAAGGCGCCGAGAUCGGAUAAACAGCAGCAUCAACCAACUGAAGACUUUACUGGGAAGGGAGUUUCAAACAGAAGAACCGAACAUGAAACUGGAGAAAGCGGACAUCCUGAAAAUGACGGUCAAUUACCUGAAAUAUCACAAUCAGCAAUUCAGAGUAAACUGCCCGACCAGCGGCUCGGAGCGUGACUAUAACGAAGGAUACUCCCGCUGUUUACAGGAGGCUCUGCGUUUUUUCUCUACACAAGAAGGCAAAAGCGACAUCCAGAAGAAGCUGGUGACGCGCUUCCAAAGAACACAGCCACAGUAUCCGGCCAAGGCUCGACCUUACGGCUUAUACCUUCCCUUGACGGCUUCUUGUCAGAGUGGCACGCAGCAGUCAGUUCAGCCCGGCACUGCGCCUCUCUGGAGACCCUGGUAGAACUUGAACCAGAAGCCAGAUUCGUGUAAGACUAUUCCUUGUUUACUGGGCGAUGGUGAACCCGUUGUAGGAGAAUCGUUCUCCAGUAUCAGGCAUAUCGAUCCCGUGAUAAGAUUGGAAGCGUUGUUAGCUUUUCUUCAUAUUGAAGAAAAUGUAUUUCCCUGAUCUAGGGAACGCGUCACUUUGUAAAUAUUGCUCUGUGUAUAUGGUAUCGGUAAAAAGUAGUUUGUUUAGGGGAAAAGUUUCUCCGCUUUAUUUCUGCAGAUCCUGGGCCAGGAUCAUAUUGUUCUUCACAGUGAAGAGAAGCUGCAAAUUCUGACGUGUAUUUUAUAAGGAGAGGCGCACACAGAAUUUGUUGUCAAAUCAAUUACACGUGAAAAUAUCUGGAUAUCUUACUCCAGAGACUUCUUUCAUUUGCCACACAGUGCACCCACCCACCCACCCCCCGAUUUUUUGACCUUGUUGUCACCAGUCAACAACCACUGGGUAGAUUGUCGAUGGAUUGGGUAGGGAUAUUCUCUCUCAGUGGAGCUCACUCCAACCCCUCGUGGUGGUGGGUUAGAAAAUCGCGCAACCUUCCACUUCGUUGUCAUCCCGUCUUCACCCUAACACUUCGUCCAACAACCACAGCACCAAGUCUCAUUUCCGUUUGAAAAAGAGCAGGGUCGUUGCAUUUGGUUGUGCUGACAAUCCCCCGUUAAUUCUGGCUUGAUCAUCUUAAGCAAAAUGUCCAUCUCCACUGUUAAUUUCCCAUUUUAAGCAGCUAACCUGUCUCAACAGAAACUGCACUUAUCUCCUUUGCUCGUUUCGCUAUAGCUAUCUCGGCUGUCUCCUGAUUAUCUGUCUCUGGUCUCUGGACUUCAGUAUUGGCAAACCACCAAUCUUCUUCUGCACUGAUAUGCAGUGCAGUGACGCCUUUGGCAUUCACAUGUAUCAAUGAUGCCUAUUGUAACGGUGUAUUGCGAGCACUCACUGUUGGUGUAUUACGUGACAAUCUGUCACUGCUGGGGUCUGUCUCAAACAAAGCUUACAACAGAUUAUUGGUGGGGUUGUUACCAGUCAGUACCCGAUUGUGUCAGCCCGGAUUCGGCAGCCUCAGUGCCCCGUUCGAUAUUCAGCUCAUAUUUCACCACUGCCUUAUUUAAUACAAAAUCAUUUCCCUACGUCCCUGCAAUCUGUUUUCCCUUUUCAUUCUCGACCUCCCUACAUUCCUUUGGUAUUUGGUGGGUGACGCUGUAAAUGCCUCUAAUGUUUGUGCUCCUUUAUGUCAAGAGAGAUAAAUUUACUUUGAACUUUAAGAUAAACCUUAUUUUUCAAAUGUUGACUGUCUAUAUUGUUGAUACUUCGUUAACUUGUACAUUGGCAAAAUAAA